UAUUCUUCUCAAUCCCCGCGUUAAACAGUAUCAACCGCUCACAUUCUCUCCCUUGUUCUUCUCUCUUUCACACAUUCACAGAAAUAAUACCUUUCAACAGAGAAAGUAAAGGAGAUAACAAAGGAAACAAAAUCAAGAAAACCAAAAAAUGGGGUCUCUUCCACCACCAUAUUUGGAUUUCUCAAAGCAAGAUUCAUCAAUUGACCCAGAUCAACUUCUUAAACUCUUCAAAUCCCAACAAAAUUACCUCAAUCAUUUCUUUCAAAAUCUUGAUCAUUCCCAAACUCUAACUUUCACCCAAACACUCCUUAAUGCCAAAGGUACAAUUUACUUUACAGGUGUUGGUAAAUCUGGAUUUGUAGCCCAGAAAAUCUCACAGACACUUGUUUCUUUGGGUAUCAAAUCUGGGUUUUUAUCUCCUGUUGAUGCAUUACAUGGAGACAUUGGCAUUUUAGAUCCUCAAGAUAUAUUGGUUAUGUUUAGCAAAAGUGGGAAUACAGAAGAAUUGUUAAAGCUUGUACCUUGUGCAAAGGCAAAAAGGGUGUUCUUGAUUUCUGUUACUUCUGUAAAGCCUAAUUCUUUGAUGGGUUUGUGUGAUCUGAAUGUGCAUUUGCCUUUAGAGAGAGAGUUAUGUCCGUUUGAUUUGGCACCUGUGACAUCUACAGCUAUUCAAAUGGUGUUUGGUGAUACGGUGGCGAUUGCUUUAAUGGGGGCGAGGAAUUUGAGCAAGGAAGAGUAUGCUGCUAAUCAUCCUGCUGGGAGGAUCGGGAAAAGCUUGAUCUUUAAGGUGAGAGAUGUGAUGAAGAAGAAAGAAGAACUUCCAAUUUGCAAGGAAGGAGAUCUUAUUAUGGAUCAACUAGUAGAGCUGACAAGCAAAGGAUGCGGGUGCCUCCUUGUUAUUGAUGAGGAGUUUCAUCUGCUAGGCACAUUCACCGAUGGUGAUUUACGUCGGACAUUGAAAGCCAGCGGCGAAGGAAUCUUCAAGCUUACAGUUGGAGAAAUGUGUAACAGGCAACCAAGGACAAUUUGUCCAGAUGCUAUGGCAGCUGAUGCAAUGCAGAAGAUGGAAUCUCCACCAUCUCCAGUCCAGUUCUUGCCAGUUAUUGAUCAAGAUAAUGUCUUGAUUGGUAUUGUUACGCUACAUGGACUGGUCUCAGCAGGCUUGUGAAGUUCUUGCCAUUAUCAUUAAUUCUUUUGUAUAUUGUUGGGUUUCUUACCCAUUUUCUUCAGCUGAUGUUAUUUAUUCCUGUAGCAAUGAUGAAUAUUAGUAAAAUAUUACAGCCACGUUAUUAGACGCAUAUAGAUUGGGCAUAGAGUUAAAGCCCUGUAUCCCCUCUUCAGGCCCUCCUCCUCUUACUGUUGUGUCUCUGAGUUUCGCAUUUGUACCUGUUACAACGAGAGAGCAUAUAUGAUAAUGAUGAUGAUCAUCUCAGUUCAUUA